GUUUGUCAUGAAUCAGGCCUCGCUCUAUCAGCGCGCCAACCAGGUGCAGCGACACGAUGCCAAGCUCAUAUUGGAGCAGUAUGCCUCCGUGUUGCAGUGGCGCACCGAUGGACAGGACAAGCUCAUAGAUGUGGGCUCCGGUUCGGGCAAUGUGCUCAUGGACUUUGUGCAUCCUCUGUUGCCGAAGAGUUUCGGGCAGCUGGUCGGCACGGAUAUAUCCAGCAAAAUGGUCGGCUAUGCCAAUAAGUGCUAUGGGAAGAAGUUCGAGCGAACACACUUCCAGGUGCUCGACAUUGGCUGCGAGGAGUUGCCGCAGCGCCUGGAGGGUCAAUUCGAUCAUGUGACCUCCUUCUAUUGCCUGCACUGGGUCCAGAAUUUGCGUGUGGCCUUGCAAAAUAUUUAUCGCCUUCUCCGACAUGAGGGUGGCGAUUGUCUGCUAGUAUUCCUGGCCUCCAAUCCGGUCUACGAGGUGUACAAAGUGCUGGCCUGCAGUGCCAAAUGGGCACGCUAUAUGCGCGAUGUGGACCAGUUUAUCUCUCCCUUGCACUAUAGCAAGGAUCCCAGCGCGGAGUUCAGUCGUCUGCUGGGUGAGGCCGGAUUCGUGCAGUACAAUGUGGAGGUACGCAAUGAGGUUUAUGUCUAUGAGGGUGUGCGAAACUUAAAAGAUAAUGUGAAGGCGAUUUGUCCGUUUCUGGAACGCAUGCCAGAGUCCUUGCACGAGGAGUUCCUCGAUGAUUUCAUUGCUGUGGUUGUCUCAAUGAAUCUACAACAACAGCCUUUGGUGGUUGAUGAUGCGGCGCAGGCGCCGCAAAAUGUUGAGCGUUUCAUUUCGCCCUACAAACUGGUCGUGGCCUAUGCCCGCAAAUCGCCCGAUUUCGUAGGUAGUGUCCUGUGUGAGGUGCCGCGACAGCAGGCUCACAAGGGUGUAGAUUAAUUGGCCAGACGAGUUAACUUCUUGUCUGUGCUUUUGUGCAAUUGUUCAGAGAUUUAGUUAGUUUUUAGUGAAAUCUAGUUGAAUGCAAUGUUGAAGAAGUGGGGUUUAACACACUGACUUGGUUAGAACAAAUCAUAGGGAAAUCCAAUUAUAUAGCAGAUAAAGAAAGCAACCUUAGGAAGGCUUUUACUGUGUCUUGUUAAAGUCCGAAGAUUGUUGCUCUUAAUCACAAAAAUAAUAGACUUCAUUUUUUAAAUAGGUAAUGCCACAAAACUUUUAUAAUUGCUAUAAUUAUUUGUCGGGGAUUAUAAGCCUUGAGUCAGGGAUAGCUCUUGAAAUGAAUAAUAGAGAAUAAUAUUAAUAUAUUUUUAUGAAACAGCUAAUGAGCAGCAUAGAGAAAAACAAAUAUUAACAUAAAACAAAAAAUUAGCUGCAUUAUAAAUACAAAUUAUAAAGUCAAAUCUACAAACUGGGUAGCUUUUGCU